AAAAUGUUUAUCAGAUUCUUGAAUAAAAAAUUGAGUGUCAAUGGAAACAUUAAGGAAAUUAAGUCAUAAUGCAAGAGAGUUAAUAAGCAGUGGGCUUGGUAAAUACAUGCGUGUGCAUUGAGAAAUUUUAUUGAUAUAAUAAAAAGCGUCAUAGCAGCACCAUUUUUUUAUAUUUUCUUUCUCCUCGAUACGAUAAAAAGUUUUAUUAAAAUUUUCAUUUCAAUUGAUUUCGCUUAACAAAAUUAAUACUUUUAUUGCUCAAUAAAUUGUGAUCAUGCCUCCCAAAGAGAAAAAAGGCAAGAAGACAAAAAAGUCUGAAGAAGAAGAUCCAGAAGAUAGUGAUUUGACAGCUGUUGACAAGCAAUUUUAUGAAUUGACAAUUGCUGAUAUCAACAAGAAAUUGACACGUCUUCGAGCUCAUAAUGUCAAAAUUGAGGAGAAAAAUGAAGAAAUGGAACUGCGAAUGAAGCAAAUUGAGACAAAUAGUCAAGAUGUAGUUUCGUACUUGAAUCGGACUUUGAAGGAGAAAGUCAACAUGAUCCAAGAACUGGAGGAUAAAUUGACUGAAUUGUCUAAGGUUCGGCAUGAAGAGAAUGAAAAUUUCAAGAAGAAGAUGAUUGAGUGGGAAAAUAAAUAUAAAAUGAUGCAUGAUAACUUAACAUCGGAAAUCAAAUUGCUAACCGGUAAACUGAAUUCAAUGGAAGAGUUUCGUCUACAGCGUGACGACUUAAUUGCCAAAUUUGAUACGCAAGAAUUCGAGCUGAAAGACCAAGCGAAGAAGCAUAAAGAAAUUCUCUAUGAAAUGGAAAGGAAGGUCAUUCUCGACAAAGAGAGAAUGAGAAAAGAUGUUGAGAAUAAAUUACUUGAACUUUCCACUGAAUUCACGAAAACGAGUGACUUGAGAGUUGCGGCAUCAACUCAAAGACUUUUACGUGAAAAUAUUGCUUUGAAUAAUGACAUGGAUAGAAUCUUAAAUCUACAAGCUCGUUUGCAGAAGGAAAAUGAAGAAAUGAAGAAGAAGCAUAAAGAGAUUGUUGCACAAUAUGAGGCAAGUGUGACUGAGAAAAAGAGACUUAUUAAGACUUGCGACCAGCAAAUGGGAUUGAUUAAUAAAUUGUCGGUCGAGUUUGAAAAUUCACGUGACUUGAACAAUUAUUUGCUUGAAAUAAAAAGAAGUCAUGAAGUCGUUCGUCGUAUGACAAAAGACAACAGAAGUGAAAUGCAAGAUCUCAAAGAUAAAAUUGACAUGCUUCAUCGAGAAAUUACUGGUAUUGAGACUGAACGAGAUAACUUUAAGCAUGAGUCGGUGUUUAAUAAAAAGGAAUUUGAACGCAUAUCUGAGAUUAUUGAGAUGUUAAGAAUAACUGUUAAAUUGGCAAUUAAAGGUGAGAAAGAUUUUGAGUAUGAUCCGGCAUUCCAUGAAGCUCGUCGCAACAAUCUCCUUACUGACUUGCUGAAUAUUCUUAACAAUGCAGACAUUAGACAUGAAACUAGACGCACAUCCUCAGUUCAAAACUUUUAUGGUCAAGGAGAUCUUGGAUUUCUUCCUAAAUUUGGUUCCAUCACAGUCACACAAGAAUGUUCUAAAGUCUCAGUCGUGUCAUCUCGUUUUCUUAGUCCACGAAUGAGUAACGCUGGUUUUGCUGAGAACAAGCCAUCUGACUUGUUGUCAGUAAACAUAAUUGAUCCUCUCAGUGGAUCACUUUCAGUCACAUCCGAAAGCAAUGAAUCGUUUGUUCCAUCUGAAGAUGACAAGCCAAUUGUGGUAAAACAACAUCAACCUGUAAAUAUUGUCGAGGAAGAAGAAGAAGAAGAAGUAGAAGAAGAGGAGGUCCAUCAAAUCAAAAGACAAGAAAGUUCAAAGACUUUGUCAAUCGAUCUACGUCAAAGUAUGGAGGCUCAAUCAGCUGAGGAAGAUGAAGAUGAGAAGGAAAAAGAUGAAGUUCUUUCAAAAACUGAUGACAUUGAGACUGAUCUUGUAGCUACAGACGACAAUGAGUUUGAUGAUAAUGAACAAUAAAUAUUUUUUUAAAUGCACGGUUUGAUUUAAGGGUAGCCAAUUUUAUGGGGAGGUCUCAUAAGGUUCAGUAUCUAGAACGAGGAUUGCAAACUCUUGGCCAGGGUUCUGAGAGGCUUUGUUCUACAGGCUAGAGUAAUCAUAGAACAAAGAUGAACAAUGUUUGUGUGAAGCAAUACGAUUCAACUAAGAAUCUUUCAAUUGAAAAAUGUUUUAGACUCUCCAAAUAAUAUUUUGGCUACACCUCUAGUUUGUUUCACAAAAUUAAAAAUAUUUCCACAGAGUGAACUGUUCACACGAAACAGAAAUUUGACCUUAGAAACAGCACUGCGUGAUUAUUGCAAUGAGAAACAUCUUAAGUUUCAUCAUAGAAUUACAUAAAUCAUACUUUGUGUACCAUUAAUUUGAGACUGCAAUAAAAUUAAUGUCAUUGUAGAACAGAACUGACCUUUACGUGAUAAAAAAUGAAGUAUAAAGAUUCAUAUGAAUAAUAGACAACUUUUUUUUCUAUUCACAUUUCCAACCCUUCACAUUUUUGCCUUUGAUGCGCAUGAAAAAAAAAAGUUUCUUAAGAUAAUAAAAGAAAUUACAAGAGGAAGGGUUGAUCAUAAUCAAGGAACCUUCCGACUCAAUACCCCCUUUACAGCAUUGAAUAUAAAAAAAGGAAGAUAGAUGAAACUAUUUAUGCAUCAAAUGACAAUCACUGCACCUAAUGCAACAAUGGGAUAAGAAGGGUUAGAAUGCCUUCCUAUCUACCUGCUAAAUCAUGAUCUUCGGCUACCAGCAUGAAUAUUAUUUAAAUAAUGUGGAUUUUUUCGGUCACUCUCAAAACCCGUUUGACCAGUUUCCGAUUUUCCUUCUUCCUAUUGUAUCAUCAAAGAUAAUUUUUUUAAAAAAGCAACCCGGAAGGGCAAAAGCUGUACAUGUUUGAUUUAUGCAGUCCAAUACGGGACUUUUUUUUCUCAUGAGAAAAUAACAUAAGGGUUGAUAUAAGCUAGCCGUCAAGGGACUUGGCUAUUUGUAAAAAGGAAAAUUUUAUCAUUUACGGAAUCUUUGAAGCUCUGACCCUUGACAUAUGUGCAAGCAUAAAAAACCGGUUAUGGACAACAGAAAAGUGUAUUGUAUUCUUUGUUAUAAUGUAAUGACAUGAUAUGAUAAUUGUUGAGAUAGUCUUGCUGUAUUUGUGAACUAGGAAGAGAUGUAUGAAAGGGUUAUAGAAGAAUUUCAUGAGAAAAUUCCGUCAAAUUAAUUUUUGAUUGUCCUUCCGCAUACAACGGUGAUUUUGCGUUUUUUAAUGAUCAUGAGAACAAGAAG